AUGGGGCCCAGGAAUAGCUCCGCGCCACGCAGUGCCACACCACGUCGCCGCUGUCGCUGCCGCCGCCGCCGCGAAUUGUUACGUAAAGAGCGGCCGCCACGUGACAUUUGCGCUCGCCCGCGCCAAGGUCCCGCUCUGGCACCGGCGCCGCCGACGCCGCCGGGCGGAAGAACGCACUGCCCCGCCCUUCCCCACCCGGCGACGGCCCCGCCCCCCUCGGGCGUCCCGACGCAAGGAGGCGACCGCGAACGCGACGCGCAGACUUCUCGCCGGGAGGAACCACACAAGUUUUACAUCGAUGCUCAACUGUCAUUCUCCACUAUGGCGGCUCACAUAUGUGUCACUUUGUCGGGACCAGCUUUAUCUUUCUUAAUAUACGAAAACGUGAAAUGUUAUUGUGACCAGGAGGGGUUCCUAGUUGGAGAAAUAAUUAGCCAUGUGACUGAUACAAUAAGUGACUCUCAAAUUCGUGGAGAGAAAACGGAGACAAUAAUUAGUGUAAAUUCUCUUAUGCCUAUUCCCAGUUGUUUGUCUUUUUAUAAUGGCGUUGGGAAGAUAAAUGAAGAAAAACUGAAAUCAUUUUUGAAAGAUAAGUCAAAAGAAGUAAUUGGUUGGUAUAGCUUUCGAAGAAAUUCAUCACUUGUGCCUCACCUUCGAGACAGAUUGCUUCAUAAGGAGUUGUCUGCAGCUGUACCUCAUGUGUCUCCUGAACAUUUUACAAUGUGUUUGUUGAACACUUCUAUAUCAAAUGGGGGCUCUACACAUGUUUUCAACCACAAGUUCUUAAGAUAUCGGCAUAGUAAAUUUGAAGCCUUACCUAUGCAGAUUCACAAUUUAGGAGAAACACAACCUGAAUAUAAAAUAGUACCCAGUACAACCAGUCUUUCCGAGUCAUUUAAUAAUAUUAUUGCUUCUCUAAAAGUCAGUCAUGAAAGUGGAUCUGAUGAAGCCCUUGUUUGCCAUAUUCAGAGGGCCCUCCAAGAGCAUUUACGAAGGUUGAUAAACGAUGUGGCGCAAUCUGAAAUACGUGUAGCUGAGCUAGAAAAGGAAGUUGAUAUGCUGCGACAACAACCUGGGCCAAUGCCUAAUGAAGUUCUUCUGCCUCAACUACUCCGGGAAGAUCUAAAUGACACUAAUAAGCUGGAAUCAAGUGAAAGUGAUGAACCACCUGUUCUUACUCCCUCAAAACCUAUUAAACGAUCUCAGAGUCCCACCACAGAUAUCUGCAGUAAUCACAUUGAAAAUAGAGUAGAAGAAGGUGGUGGUGGUGGUGGUGAUGUUUCCUCUUCAAAUGAACCCUUUGCUUAUGUAACAGAAAUGAAGGCUCAAAUGAGUCAACCACACUCAUCUCAGCCAUCUUCGUCCAUUGCAGUUGAAGGUACCAGUUCUGUAAAGCGGCCAAUAGAAAGAGGCAGAGGCAGCGGGCGAGGCGCUGGGAGGGGGACUCGGAAGACGCAACAGCAGCAACAGAAACAACAACAACAAACAUCCCUCCAGCAGCAACCCCAGAAACAGUCUUCACCAAAGCCUGGUGAUAAUUCAGAGUGUGCUGCUGCUGCUUCCAGGAGAAGCGGCAGUGCUGGGGCAUCCCCUGUGCGUGGAGGGACAACAGCCAGCAAUGCGAGAGGUCCUAAACGUUGUGGUUAUGCUCAGGCCGUGAAGCGAGCUGGAGCGAAUGCUGAGUCUCCAAAACCAGUUACCAGAUCACAAACUGCUAAUACUAGUUCACAAGAAUAUUGAAUACAUUUCUUUUCAUUUGAUUUCUUUUGUUUUGUCAUAUAUGCUACCAAAACUUUUAAAUGAAUAUGAGAUGAAAAAUUUGUUGUUGCUCACAGCAUUUUGUUCAAAGUUUGAGACAGUGUUGUAAUAAAUAAUAUUCAAUGACGUAAACACAGUAUAAGCAAGACUUAGGAGAAUUAAUUCAAAAAGUGUAAUUUAAAUAUUCCUGCUCAGCAGUUCUGAGUCUGAGUUAGUGAAAUAAUCUGUAAAUUUCCCUAUAAAAUAUAGUAAAUUGUGUUUCUUAAUAUAAAAUUUUUGCACAUUAUAUAUAAUACAAUAAUUCUGUGGAUCAUUGAGUGUGUUAAACAGAAAAAUACUGUUUUCAUGCCACAAGCUAUUUAUUUAAAUAAAAACAUCUUUGUUCAGGUAGGGGAGACAGUUUUUGUAGCUGACGUGUUAUCUAAUUAACUUCGGGAAGAAGCACAAGCUAUGAUAUUUUCAUACCAAUACAUAUUUCAUUGUAUAAACAAUGUUACAAUAAGCAAAGAUGUGACUUUGUCUUCACUGGGUAUGGUACUUUACAAAUUGUUUUUGUAAGUAAUAUGUGUUUUAUCGUAUGUAUGUGUAAUUGUGAGUCUAAAAAGAAUGUAAGUGAAUAUCAGUUUAUUUAACUAGUGGUCAGUAUGUAUGGGAAUCUGAAAAGUCCAGUUUCAGUAUCUCAGAACAAUUUUCAAUUCAUAGGGGCCAUUUGAAGUCUCUAAUUUU